GCAACCUUUGUACGCACUGGCCGCCUUAUAGCGCUGCGGAGCUCAGGUCUAGCUCGUAUGCGAUCAGUGAGCUGAGAGUGCAAGGUAGUCAUCCGAAUAUGCUACGCAUGAUGACAGGCCGUGCAUCCAUGAAAGGUGUCCGCGCACUGACAACGGCCAACCCGCUCCCGGCCACCUUCCUGCGCGGCGGGACGUCCAAAGGCAUUUUCCUUAGACGCUCCGACCUCCCCGAAGAUCCGACGGAAUGGACGCCCAUCUUCCAAGGGAUGAUGGGCUCCCCCGACCCACAGUACCGCCGCCAGCUGAAUGGCAUGGGCGGCGGCGUCUCGAGUCUUUCCAAGAUCUGUGUUGUCGGCCCUCCAUCCAGCUCAGAUAGAGCGUCCGAAGUAGACGUGGAGUACACGUUUGUGCAAGUUGGGAUCGACGACGGCCUCCUCGACCUAUCAGGCAAUUGUGGCAACCUUUCUAGCAUGAUCGGCGUCUUCGCACUCGAUGAGGGCCUCUGCACGCCGAGAAUAUCCGACCGCGCGGAUGGACUCGCCACGGUUCGCUCGUAUAACACCAACACGAGCAAGAUCAUCGACACCACCUUCCCUCUUUCUACCUCAGACGGAACGCCUGCAGCGGUACUCGACACCCCUCAGGUCGAGAUGGCCGGAGUCCCCGGCAAGGCUUCGCGCAUCCUUCUGCAAUUCGUCAACCCCGCCGGCGCUCGCACUGGCAAACUUCUACCCACCGGAAACGCCAUAGAUACGCUUGACUGCACCUUCCUGUCGGAUCCGCCCUUCCAGAUCUCGGCAUCGCUCGUGGACGCGACCAAUCCCACCAUCUUCAUCUCGUCGCAAGACCUCGCCCAUAUCCUCGGGCUAGACGGCCAGGCGGUGACUACUACACACUACACUCACCCGGAAGUCGAGGGCAUGCUCGAGUGCAUCCGUCAGGCGGGCGCGAAGCGCAUGGGUUUAGACCCGUCUGCGAAGGCUCAACCGAAGAUCGCUGUUUUGAGCGAGCGAGCCGCCGACGCGGAGGACGCGGACAUUGUGAUCCACGCGUUCUCGAUGGGCGUUCUGCACAAGGCUGUUCCCAUGACCGUCGGACUAUGUCUGGGGGUGGCUUCGGGCGUGAUGGGUACGCUCGCGCACGACAUCGUGUCUCGUGCGCGCUCGCGCCGCAAGGAUGGCGACGGGGGUAUGGUUCGGAUCCGUCACCCUGGAGGCGUGGUCGAGGUCGGUGCGGACUUCGCUGGGGACAGGACCGUACUGAACGCCCAGGUUGUGCGCACGGGGAGAAGGCUUAUGAAGGGUGCUGUAUGGUGGUGA